CACAUUCCAUGAACACCACUACCUCCUUUGGUGAUAAAGCAAGCCCAUGAUGCGUUGAGGGCGACAACGGGACCAUCGUCCUUAUACUUUACUGCUAAAGAUUAGCUUCAACUUAAGCUUGGUUGUGGACUCCGGCUUGCGGAAUGGGGAACUGUUUCUGCAUCCGCGAUUGUUACAGUGCCUUUGAUAAUUCGUGCGCCCAUGUUCCGUCGGCCGGGGCGACGAAUGGCAGCCCGUCCCCCUAUGACAAAAAGGAUACGCGUGCCUCCUCAGAGGUUGAGCGCAUAGGCACAGCCGGCGCAAACGACGGCCGUUUGGCCGCUGGAACAGGGGAGACCGGGGGAGCGUCGCCGAGAGACAUCCAGCAGCACCAUGAGCAUGACAUCGGUCUGCCCGGCCAAGUCGUGCCGGACAACAACACAGCUAGACCACACCGGCGGCGCAGAGCGGCUCGCAAGAAUCCAGAGGCAACAGAAGCACGUGGUCGACGAUCCAUAGGUUCAGCGACAGACGACACUGACGCUGACGCUGACGGCGGGUAUGACGGCGAAGAAGAUGACGACGAGGACGAGGAGGCGCGGGCUUACUGGGAGGCGAAGGAGCAGCAGCUACAGCAGCAGCAGGAGCAACUGCAGCAGCAACAAGAGCAGCUGCUGGAGAAGGAAGAGCUACUUCAGCGUAAGGAACAGCAACUAAGGCAAAAGGAGGAGCAGCUGCUUAGCCUGUUGGAAGAGAAGACCAACCUGCAGGGGCAGCUCUCAGCAAUGGCCGCAGCUGAGGCUGCGCUGCGGAAAGCGGGCAACGGUGCUGUCGCCCAGCUGCAGGAAAAACUCGCAGCGGCAGAGAAGCAGCUUGCUGAGGAGGUGGCGGUGCGAAAGGCUAACUCCACAGCGGUUGCAAACCUGCAGGAAAGGCUCGCGGCGGCAGAGGUGCGGCUUACAGAGGAGACGACGGUGCGGAAGGCGAGUGAUGCGGCUGCAGCCGACCUGAAGGCGAAGCUCACAGCGGCACUGGCGCAGCUGACGGAUGCGACCACGGUCAAGGACGCCAGCGUGCUUGCCACUGGUAAGCUGCAAACCAAGUACUCGGCAGUGGAGGUGGAGCUGGUGGAGGAGUCGACCGCGCGGAAAGCGGGUGAUGCGGCCAUUGUGCAGCUCAAGGAGAGGCUCUUGGCCGCCAAGGUCCAACUCACGGAGGAAUCCGCGGAGCGCAAGGCCAGCGACUCAGCCAUUGCCAAAAUGCAGGACAGACUUGCAUCCGCUAUUGUGCAGGUGACCGAUGAGAUUAUUGCGCGGAAAAAGAGCGACGCGCUGAUGGCUGGCCUCGAGAAGGACAAGGCGGAGCUCGAGGCGCAAGUCAAGGCGCUUCAGGCCAAGGGCGUCACCGCGGCUGCGGAAAAUAAAGCGCUGCAGGUCAAGGUUGCAGCGCUGGAAGUUGACCUGCAGAGGGCUCAGGCUUCAGCCGCGGAGCACCAGUCCCGACUGGAGGAGCUGCGGAAGGAGAUGGAGACGCUGGAGGUGUCUGCGCGAAUCGUACACGGGCAGCACGAGCUAGCACAGGCGCAGGUCCAGAUUCUGGAGCAGCAGAAGGCGGACCUGAGCAGGCCCACAUCCCGACCGCUGCCAGCAGAGGUCGCCGUCUCCGCCUUCAGCACCAAGGGCGUCAUGACCUUCCACAACGGCACCAUCCGCAUCCGCUGCCAGUGCGGGCACUGCAGGCGCGAGGAGCCCUACGGUCCCAAACCCUGGGCGGAGCACGCGCUGGAGGUGGAGAUCGCCUCCUACACCGCCGCCGGGAAGAGCCUGGAUAAGCUGCUCAAGCAGCCGCUGUACUGGCACCGCACGAUAAAGGUGGAUAGCAUGCCGGCGUACGGCGUUCGCAUCGUGGAUGACGGCGUGAAGAAGGACUUCAUUGGGCGGUUGCUCAACUACUAUGGAUACGACUGGAAGGGCGAAGGGAUUGAGUCCGUCUUCGGGCCCUAGUCGUGGAACGGACGAGGGCUGGAUAUGUAAGGUACUCCAACCAUUCCUCUUUCUCUUCGAUGACGAGGAGCAACACAGAGAGCAGGCCGCUGAACGGCCGGCUGGCAUGGACCAUCGCUCAAAUUGGAGUUGCGUGCGCUCAGGUUAUAACCAUCUGUUAUGGCCGUCCUAAACGCCCUGACGACAUCGACGACAUUGUUGCCUAUUUAGGUGCACCGUUCGGACGGAUGUGGAGCGUUCGAGCGACCGCCUUCAAUUCCUGUUACCGCGUCUGCUCGGUGCAGAUCCGUUCUCGGGCCGGAUUGAGAGUCGCAAGCAUGCGUGCCCUGCCCUGCUGAUGUCGUAGGGGUGGUGGGGCCGGAUGGCUAUGUGGGAUUGGUCGGUCGGCUAAACGUCCUGUCAUGGGCUUGCUCCGGCAUACCCCCGGAAAGGCAAUUGCAAGUGCGUGUUCCCUGUAGCAUCGUGACUCUGAAUGGUACCGCAUGCAGCGCUGAGCAAGAAUACUUGAGGAAUUACUUCAGGCAUGUGCAUACCUGUCCAUUAUGUAUGGCGCUAGAUGGGUAGGAGUGUGGUGCUUUCCCUGCAACUUCGGUCUGUUUGGGCUCGUUCCUGCUGUGUGCAUCGUGCCAUGUAGCUUAGCCUUGCCGUACUUUCUGGGUUAUGCGUUUUCCGGGCUUGACGGUUUGUUAGUUGCUGGAUGUUUAGGUCUGUUGAAGAAGCUGGUUAUUGUAGUUGCCUAGCUAUGCUGACGCAUGGCUGGCGUUGUGUAGGUGUUUCCUCUUUGCUGUAUGGCUGGAUGGCUUUUAGAGCUGGUGUUGUUCGCCGCGCCGUAACUGCUAAUGGCGAUAAAGGAGAUCUGACUUGCACUGUGCGACCAGUAAGCAGAACCAACUUUUGCAAAUGCGUAGGGGUUCACGGGAUAUGUGUUUGUCCGUAGCGCUUUCAGUUCGGUCUGAUUCAUGGUUGGAGUUGUGCGUGGUUGAAGUGCCGAAAAGCCGUAAAGCAGCCGUGCCCGGCAAGUAUGUGCUUUACCUGGACAUGUUUCCCUACGUUGGAUCACCAUGUUAUCGUAUACGCGCGGCUUAGUGCUAGGGAGGUCUUGGUGAGCUGUGGGAAGGUAAUUUAUGUAUGAUGCUAUUGACUCGCAAUUCUGCGAUCUGGCUACAGCCAUUCUUUUGGGGAUGUGGGGAACCACUCUCACUAGCAGGAAGAUUGUACGCAGGGGUGUUUGCGUGGGGUUUCCGUAAGGUAUGCUGCUGCAUACGUAAGGGAUGCCUCGUAUGCCGUACGGUGGUUUGCAACGUACGCUAUCAACUUCCAAUUGCACCCUACAGGCCUGGUAACUAUACCAUGCAUGCAUGCAGUCUUAGCUCGCAUUGUGCGGUCAUCACCGCCUUACCUUGCUUAUGGUUUCUAUUCGCUUCAUCCUUGUUGCUCUCUUGGCGGGUCUGGGCGCUCACGGAUUACCAAGCUCUUUGCCGAGGCUUGUCCGGCUGAUUGCGGCGCUGCCAUAGCCUUUGGACCAUACAUGCAUCCACUGAGUACUCCGUUGUAACAGAUACUCACUGAA